AAACGCAUUUUCCUGCCGCACGUUACUCGCGUCAUUAUUUGUUGCUGUUUCGUGUAAUGUGACAUAGUUCGUGUACUUUACGAAAUCAGCGAGUCUUUGAAAUAAGAACGAGGAGCACUGACUAGUAAAUAUCAGCAGAAGUCGUGUUUUGCGUUGUUGAUUUGUUAGCUAGCUGGGUUAGGCUUAUUGGCCGCGGCCUGUGAGUUAGCUUUUAGCUUAGUUUCUGCAUGGAGCGCGGAAUGUGUCCGCCGCGAGGACCUUCACCCAGUGACGGGCCUCCUUUUGACGAGGGGUCUCCUUUUGACGAGGGACCUCCGCCGUUCUGGGGUCCACUGCCGCCAAGAGGUUGGCAUGGAGAAUGGGGACCACCUCCACCUGGAGGCUGGGGACCAAGAGGACCUCCGCCACCAGGCUGGGGACCAAGAGGACCUCCGCGACGAGGCUGGGGACCAAGAGGGCCACCUCCACCCGGCUGGGGACCAAGAGGGCCACCUCCACCCGGCUGGGGACCAAGAGGGCCACCUCCACCCGGCUGGGGACCAAGAGGCCCACCGCCACCAGGCUGGGGGCCUCACCCAGAUAACUGGGGGGUGCCUCCUGUUGAUUGGGGACCACAUCCUGAUGAUUGGGGUCUCCCUCCUGAGGACUGGGGACCCAAUGGUCCCUUGCCUCCUCCAGAAUGGGGUUUCCCAGAGGGUCCUGGUUGGGGUCCAGAAGGACCUCUGCAGCCAUGGGGGCCUGAUCCUGGACCUGCUGGUCUUCCACCCCUGCCACCACCACCUCCUGUUGGGAUUGCUCCGGAUCCUCCAGUAUUGGGGCAGAUUGGUGUGCCCCCCCCAGGUGAUGUUGCACCAUUUGGUUUCCCGUCGUGUUUACCUCCAGGCUGGACUGGAGAGCCCAUUGUGGAGGAGGUGAUGGUCAAUCCACCACCGGAUCAACCUGAGUGGAUCAAAGCGUUGAUUUCAGCACCACCAAAUGAAACGAUUCCUGAGGAGACAAAGAAUAAAAAAACUGAUCAGCAUUCUGCGGUCAUUAAAACACCAGCCUCCAAGCCUAAAGGUGCCUCUGACUCCACCAAACCCAAGCCUGCACCUGCCAAGCCACUUGGCCUGCUGGGAAAACGAACCUUUGAAAAACCUCCUCCAGGCAGGUCAACGGGGAUCAUCUCCUUCAUCGGGCCGAACUUUGGCACCAUCGAGAGAGAAGAUUUCACCAAGUUCACAUUCAGCUUCGAUGCUUUCUUUGGAAACCCCAAAGCCAUGACCCCGGGGGUCAGAGUUCACUUCACUGCCUGCACGGAGAAGGAGAGUAUGAUCGCAACAGACGUAAAAGUUGCUCCAGGUGGCACAGAGAAUGUGGACCCCGAGAUCUAUGAAGCUGUGGUCAGUCAGCCGAUCAUCGAACCUCAGCCUGGUGAGCGCCAGUACCCUGGACAGGUUCAUGUGACCAUUGGGCUGGUCAGGACAAACCUGAGGUAUGACAAGAAAGACAGCACAGUGACGCUGCUGAAGAAUGAUCUUGUGCUCAUGAACCUAUUGACAGACAUUGUGACUGAGAAGAGGAGGGCCACCAACAUCAAGCCCAAAAUCCCCACCACCUUCAGCUCCACCAACGAGACCAGGGAGAUGGGUGUUAUUGUCAAUGUGACAGAAAAUGAAGGCAUCAUCAAGUCUGACAACCACGGCGAGCUACCAUUUGAUCUCAGAGAAAACUUGAGUGAUGUUGACAUUUCACCCGAGGACAUCAAUGAGGAAGUGAUGUUCACUGUGAUCAUGCUGAGAGCCGGAAAACGAGCAAUCAGGAUCCAGCGGAUGAAGGAGCCCCUCCUUCUGACACUUGCUACUGCCACGGCCACAACAGACUCCCUAUUAAGUGUCACAACCCACAAGUCCUCAGACCAGUUGCAGUUGCCACCCAAUGUGAUUUUGGACACAGAUCUUUAUGAAGGCAUUGUCAACCAACCAGUUCUUAAGCCCACAUCCACCACAAAGGGUUAUCCAGGUCAGAUUCAUGCCAACAUCGGUCCUGUCCGGACCAACGUGACCUUUGACCACCAGGACUGUGGUGUUACUCUGCUGAAGAAUGACCAUGUUCUAAUCAACCUUCUGAUCAACACGGAGACAAGUAAGAAGACUGCGACGAACAUUAAACUAAAAGUCCCCUUCACCUUCAGCUACACAAAGGAGCAAAGAGAGCAGGCCAUUAUUGUCAGUCUGAACAAGGACGAAGGUGUUUUGAAAUCUGAAGUGCAUGGCAACCUUCCUUUUGACACCUGUGAGAACAUCAGUGACACAGAGCUGGACGCAAGUGACAUCAAUACCAAGGUGGAGUUUACCCUCUCAACGGUGAAGGAGCAGAAGAGAGCUGUCAGGUUAAGGAGGAUAAAAAUGAGGGAUGACCAAAUUCUGCAGGAGCAGAAACGACGUGAGCAAGAGGAGAAGAAGAAACGAGAGGAGCGCUGCAAAGAGAUGGAGAGGAAGAAGAAGGAAGAUGCAGCAGCAGCAUUGGCUGUUGCCAAGGAAAUGUGGACUCCGCUUGGCUUCAGAAUGAAAGAUCCUGACACACUGGAUGAGAUCAGCAAGGAGCGUUUUGAAGGGACUGUACUCAAAGCUAUUUCCAGAACUCCUCAUAAGGUGAUCAAGAAGGAGCUGGAGCAGGAAACGGGAGAACAUGUGAGAGCUGAGGAGGAGCACAUGCUUCCAGGAAAUGUGAAAGUGAAAGUUGAGAUAAAAACUGAAGAAGAGGAACAAGGGGAAAUAAAACAUGGAGCUGAGGGAAUGGGCGAAGAAAAAGAAAAGAGGAUUGAUCCAGCUGGGGAUGGAACUGAAGUCGUCGAAGAAGCAAGGUCGGAAUGUGAGACAGGCCGUGUUGUCAUGACAGUCAGCGGUCAGCAAAAACACCUUCCCUUUGGUGUGAAGGACCUGUUGACGACCGCCACCAUGCUGGACGGCGACGAGGUGCGCUUCAACAUCGCAACCCAUCGGGAAACAAAAGAGGAACGAGCGACCUACAUUGAAAUUCUGCCUGACUCCUUUCAAGAAUCCACUGAGCAACGCCGACAUGGUAUUGUGAUCGAGUUCUCAGAGGACUCAGGACUCAUCAAGUGUUCUCAGAACCCCCAGCUCUACUUCCACAUGUCCGAGGUCAUUGAAAAGAAGAAACUGGAGCUCAAUGAGAAGGUGGAGUUCAGUGUCGUACCACAUGAAACAGCUGAAGGUGGGAACCAAGCCAUCAGGAUAAAACGUUACACCGAGAGCGUGUUUGUUCCAGUCCGAAAACUGGGCGGUAUCAGUACCAACAAAGGAAAGAUGACAAUCAAGCUGACACAUUCUUCACAGGACAAAAGUGCAAAACCAGAGAUGGACAAGCUGAAAGCAGUGGUGAAAAAUCUCAGAGCAAAGGACAGUAAGAUCACUGACAGAAAGGAAUGUGGUUUCGCUCGCCAUAAACAUAGCCGCAGUCGGAGCAGGGGCAGGAGCCCAGCCAGAGAUGAGUUUGGACGGGUCAUCAAAAGAAAGCGCGGCACCAGUCAUGAACGUGAUGGAAGAAGUCGUCGAUACAAACACAGCAAAAGGCAUGGCAGCAGUUCCAGCUCAAGCAGGGACAGGAGCAGAAGCAGGGACAGGAGCAGAGAUAGAGAUAGAGCUAGAGCUAGCAAGAAGAGGACCAAAGUCAGCAGAGAGCGACAAGAUGGUCACAAGAGGACGAGAGAGCCAAUUCCUCCUCCCAGGCGUGGAGGUUGUAUGGAUGAUGAGCUAGCAAGGAAGAAGCGAGAGCUGGAGGAGUUGAAUGAGAUGAUUGCCUAUAAAAAGUCUCUGGUGGACAGGGACCCCAGAGAAUCUGAUCCUGCGCAGAGGACCUGUAUAGACUAUGACCAUGGCAGGAUUGCUGUCCCACUUACUGAGUACAAACCAGUCCGCUCCAUUUUAAAAAAUCGACCAGAGGGUCCAGACUACCACCGCCAUCCUCCUGACUAUUACGAUGGGCAUUAUAGUUCUUACCAACGACGACGAUACAGUGAUGGUUACAGUGACCCCUACGGAGCUCAUCCGUAUGCUGAUCGACCUUACAUUGACUCUUCCAAACCUGAAAUCCAUUAUGAUAGUUGUCGGUAUGGUGAACCUUCUUAUGGUGGCCCUCCCUCUGCCACCUACCAUUACACUGAUCGCUAUGAUGUGUAUGAUGAACCAUAUGAGGAUCGCUACUAUGAUGCACAAUAUGGAGACCGGCCUCAUGAUGAUCUGUAUCACCCUGCCAAACGUAGCCAGUCUCCAGAACCCAAUGAUCCCCCACUUAAUCCAGUUGACCAAGCUACUCAUUCUUCUACACAACCUCCAUCAGCUCAGCUUUCUUCCACAUCAUCUUCCCAACCACUUUUUAGACCCCCUUCUCCCACAGAACCUCCUCCCAGAAGCCCAUCUCCCAUACUGAAUAAAAUGGCACCACACCAGUCACCUCCUGCUGAGAAACCACCCCUGGACCGUUUCCUUGAUAUGCUUAAUAAAAAUGUGGUUGUUGAAAAGAAAUUGGCAAAUGUUUGCACCCUUGAUGACCUCCUGCCUCAUGAGCGAGCACUUCAAGAUAGCAGGGGCUUCGCUCAGAUUGUUGGAUUGGCUCCAGAACAGUCCGGCAGCAGUUUGACCAAAGAAGGGGAAAAAAAGUCAUCAAGCCCCAAACAUUCGUCAGUCGAGACAAUAAGUGAGGAAGCAAAAAGCCAGUCAGAACCAUAUGACAAGAUCCAAAGUCUUCUCCGGACAAUCGGACUGAAACUAAGUUCUGGAGAUGUAUCUAAAAUGACAACCAGAGCUCAGGAAGACCUGUACAUGCCCAAGUCUUCAUCCAGAGAAAGAGAGAUUAGCAGCCCUUUACCAUCCCCAAGGGAAGAGCACCGCACCAGGAGAACGAGUUCUGCUGAAUCUGAUCAUGUUCAUUCCCCCUCCCCUGCCAAGGUUAACAGUACUGAACUGGGUCACAGACAUCAAGCUGUCUCAGAGUAUGAAGGCUUUUUAGACAAGCAGGAACUACAGGCUCUAAAGAAGGCACAGAAGCUUCACAGUCUCACAAAAAUAAUGAAGAGAAGUCCCUCCUCUACUCUUUCAUCUAAAUCUGCCUCAGGACCUCCUCCUGAUCAGUACAAACAGCCGGUGAUUCCAGUCUCCUGGCCUCUUGGACCUGCUGUUCAGCAACCUUCAGUGCAGAGUUCCACAAGUGCGGGCAGUCCAUCUCGUCCUGCUGAGCAGCCACCUCAAAAAUUUGGAUGUCCUCCAGGUCCACCUCCUGGACCACCGCCACGCCGGCUUCCUUUACAGGUUCCUCCAGGCCCACCUCCUGGUCCUCCACCACGACGUCCUCCUGGACAACCUCCAUUUGCUCCUCCUUCCAGUCAUGCAGUCUUACCAUUUAUUGGACAGACCUUGGUGAAUCAGUCCCUCAGUUCCUCCAGUUCUUCUCAAUAUGCCACCAGCCAAGUAGCACCAACACCACCAUCAUCGAGUCCCUGUCAUGGGGCACAGUCAUCCUUCUCUACAACAGUGGCACGAUGCCUGAAGGUCAUAGAGCAAGUGAAAUCGCUUGCUGUGCAGCCUCCAAGCAAACAAGGUAAAUUGGUCAAGUUUAACUUGCCCACAGAGUCUGAAGCAGCCUCCAGCUCACAAACCAGCACCGAGAAGGAUAAUGUGAAGACAAAGCAGAAGGAUAAGUUGGAGUUAUACCAUCAGCUGGAGAAGAGAGAUCAGCCAUUUGAGAGGCAAGUCCACCAGAACCCAGCAGACAACAACAGCCCUCGGAUUUCUUCAGGUAUCACAGAUAAUCCCUUUGCAGGUUUUAAAAUCAAGUGACCUCAAAAACAUCUUUGUUUUAAGCUCAGCACACAGUGCUGCGUGUAUGCAAGAGGUCAGAUCAAUGAUGCGCCGUGCUGGUAGGUGGUGUGGAGAGCACGAGUCACCGCAUCUCAGUGACUCUGCUGCAAGAGUGGAGCCAGUAUAGGCCAGUGCUCAUUGUAGAACUGGGAGAAUUUAUUUAGCAGUGAAAUGCCUCAAAGAAAAAUUUCCAUUGACAGCUGUUUCCCAGCUGCAGUCAGGCGGGCAGCUUUGUCCAUGAACACGUUCAACUUCUGCUCUUUCUAGUGCUUGCAUGCUAGCUCCAUGUUGUAUCUGUAGCAGCAGAAGGAGAGGAUCAAUGUUGAGGGCAGCGUUCCCCACCACCUUGGACAGCAUGUUUUCGUGGAGCUGGAAAAUGGGCAGAGUGGCUGAGCUCCCAUAGCCACCUCUAAAACCCUAAUGUGCUAAUAUUUCUGCACGUACCUGUAUUGUUCAGGUUGCUUUCCAUGGCAGCAUGUCCUGGGAUGUGUCAGUUCUACAGACAUGAUUACUGGAGCCAGGUUGGCCUUGCGACACUGCACAGUCCAAUGACCGCAAUUCCGUGGAAAGUUGAGGUCUCUCCAUCAGUGUUAUUGGUCACUUUUCUGCAUGUAUGUGUGAAACGGAGAUGAGGAUCGAGCCUGUCUGCAACCUGCUGACAGACACUGCCGGCAGCAGGUAAUCCCAACAUUUGUACGGGAACCAUUUAGGAGGACAUAGUGUCUCUUGCCGUGCGUGCAGACCACGCUCUUCUGGUUGACCUCGUUAUGUCAGUCCUGCAGCGGUGGCAUAAGUCCAUGCUCAGUGUUGCAGACAACUGAGGUUUGGCAGAAGUCAUUUCUACUACCAACUGCGAUAGUGACACAAUCAAGAAACGAAGCCACCUGCUGUGUUGAAGUGAUGUCUUUGAUCCAUCUAUGUGGUGAAAA